GCAUAUUGAAAAGAAUUUUGGCUAUGACGAACCUAAACUGUAACUUAAACUACUUUGUUGGGGUAGUUCCACAUCAGUCUUGAUCCACAAGGCAACGAUACAAGAUGUCCAAACUUCCAAUACUUUGUAUUUUAUUGGUUAUUAUUGUCGUCAGUGUUCAUGUGGAAGGCUAUAAAAGACGAUGUCAGUGUAAACGUGCUUCUAAAAAGACAAUCAAUAGUUGUACGACAGGAAAAAAUGGAAGGACGAUAUGUUAUAAGGUGAAAAAGUACUUCUUCAUAAGAACAAAAUGCACCUACCCAUUUGAUGAUUCAAAUACAGGAGGGAAUGGUGAUUCAGGGUCAAAUGAUGGAACUGGAACGAACGACGGAACAUGUUCGACAGGUACACGUGAUGUAGAUGGAGAAGAUAACGACUUAGUCAUGCUUACUGAUGACUGCACGGAAGCUGAAAAUCCACAAGAUGCGCAGGACAUAUGUGCUGAAGGUAUAUCAAAAGAUCCAAAAGAGUUAUACUUCGGAACUAGCUGUCCAACGCAUUUCCUCCAGUGUGACCUGUUUGGAGGUACAUUUAUAAUGCCCUGUGCAUCUGGAACUGAAUGGUGUCAACGGAAGUUAACAUGUGACCAUGUCGGCAGUUGUAAUACUUAAUCAUAUACUAUCAGAACUAAGAGGACUUCAUCGAUAUAUUUAGAUUUCAAGUAACUUCUCAUUUUUUUUUACCUGUCAGACUGUGUUAUACCACUUUAUAAGUAAUCUGCCUAAUUGUAUAACCUCAGAAAUUAGUUGUUCAUCAACUACAUCGCAUUAAUAAAUGUUUUCUGCA